GUGUCCUCCAGUCACCCUUCAAUCAUUCGUGAUGCUACCCACGUACUUCAUGACAUGUUCAACACGUCAUGCUUGGAUCACGAGGAACCUGAAGGGGUCGAGCGACCUAGAGGUCGACAACCACGGGGGAACAGGAGUGCAUUUGAGUACAUUCGUGGUCGUGGUCGGUCGUUCAUCGUCAUCCAGUCGUAGCCAAUCUUCUUCGUCGGUGAAUAUGCCCGGAACCGGAAGAGUGGAUAUUGAUCAGUUUCCAUAUAAGGACAGGAUCCCUAACAUCAUCAUGGAAUACUUGGACGGGUGGAAUGAUGUGGUUCCAGAUGGUAACUGCGGAUUCCGAGUCGUGGCUGAUGUGUUUCAGAUGGGUGAAGACAACUACGCUUUAGUGCGUCAAAUGUACAAUGAAAUUGCCUCAAACCGAGAUGAUUAUCGUCAUGUGUACGGCCAAGACUUGGAUAGUUCUCUAUGGCGUAUCCGGUGGGGAGGAGGACCUUGCGGUCAAAAUCAUUGGUUCGACGUGCCACUUGAUCUAUUUGCCGUUGCAAACAUCUACAAGUGUGCAGUCAUGCAUUUCGGGCUUGGUUUGUAUAGUCAAGCUUAUAUUCCAUGUACCACAGUUCUCCCUUGGUGUUCGCAUGCGACCGUCACCAGACUGGUAAGAGAGUCAGCUAUUGCAUUUCUAGGGUCGUCACACAGACAUUUCAUCCAAUAA